UGAGAGGCAUGGUAUAAUUAUAUCACAGCGCAUCUUGUUUGAAAUUCCUAAAAGAUUUGGAUUGAGUUGAUUCAUUGAUUGAUUCAUGUUCUUUACCAUUCUUGGAUUAAUAUUAGCUCCACUACCAAACCAAACCCCUGCCUGAUCCGUUAAAAAGGGGGGAAACUUCUUCUUCUUCUAGGGUUUUCUAUCAUCAUCAUCAUAUAUGGCGCAGAAUCAAGGUGGCUUCUUUUCGUCGAUCGCUUCUAGUUUCUCCAGUUUCAAGAAUCAAGUUAACGGCUUGCUUGGCUAUGAGGGGCUUGAAGUUAUCAAUCCCGAGGGAGGCACGGAAGAUGCUGAGGUGGAAGCACAAAGAGGCAGAUGGAAGCAAGAGGAGCGUGACAGUUACUGGAGGUCUAUGCAGAAGUAUGUGGGAGCCGAUAUUACAUCAAUGGUGACACUACCAGUACUCAUUUUCGAGCCCAUGACAAUGCUGCAGAAAAUGGCGGAGUUGAUGGAAUAUUCCCAUCUUCUAGAGCUAGCAGAUGAAUGCGAGGAUCCAUACAUGCGAUUAGUAUAUACAGCGUCCUGGUUUAUAUCGGUCUAUUAUGCUUUGCAACGAACCUGGAAGCCAUUUAAUCCAAUUCUCGGUGAAACCUAUGAGAUGGUCAAUCAUUGUGGCAUCACAUUUAUCGCAGAACAGGUUAGUCAUCACCCUCCCAUAAGUGCUGCACAUGCGGAAAACGAGCAUUUUGUGUAUGAUAUUACUUCAAAGGUGAAGACCAAGUUUCUUGGUAACUCUCUUGAUGUGUAUCCUCUCGGAAGAACUCGUUUGAAGCUAAAGAAAAGUGGAGUGAUCCUAGAUUUAGUUCCCCCACCCACAAAAGUUAACAACUUAAUAUUCGGAAGAACGUGGAUCGAUUCCCCGGGGGAGAUGAUUUUGACCAAUUUGACCACAGGAGAUAAAGCUGUCCUGUAUUUUCAACCCUGUGGUUGGUUUGGUGCUGGUCGUUAUGAAGUGGAUGGAUAUGUAUAUAACUCAGAUGAAGAACCUAAGAUAUUAAUAACGGGAAAAUGGAAUGAAGCUAUGAGCUAUCAACCUUGUGAUUUGGAAGGAGAACCCCUUCCUAACACCGAACUUAAAGAAGUUUGGAGAGUUGCCGAGUCCCCUGCAGAUGACAAAUUUCAGUACACGCAUUUCGCACAUAAAGUAAACAGCUUUACAACAGCACCAAAGAAGUUACUUCCGUCAGACUCUCGCUUACGAACCGACAGAUACGCACUUGAGAUGGGUGACUUGUCGAAAGCUGGUUCAGAAAAGAGCGUUUUGGAAGAGAAACAAAGGGCUGAGAAACGGAUUCGAGAGUCAAAGGGUCAAGAAUUCGUCCCGAAGUGGUUUGACCAGACUGACCAAAUCACUACCACACCAUGGGGUGAGUUGGAGAUUUACGAGUACAACGGGAAGUAUGCUGAACACCGAGCGGCUGCUGAUAGUUCUGCUAGUGUCGAAGAGGUUAACGUCGGUACAACAGAAUUCAACCCCUGGCAAUUCGGAAAUGUCGCGGAAACCAGUUGAAGAAAAAGUUUGAUUAAUUUGUCACUUGUGUUUGUUUAUCACAUGCUACUAGUUUGACUUUCACAUAAAAGUCUUCAUAAGUAGAUUUAUUUUUCUUGGUUUUUAUUUGAAUCAUACUCUGUUUAAACUGUUGAAAAUUUUGAUCUUGAUUCUUAACUUUAGUUUGCUAGAUUUUAAUCCAAUGUGUUAUUAAAUGUGUC